AUGGUUCUUUGGAACACUAGGGUUUCUCCAGAGGCCGCUACACAUUCCAUGAGAAAUGCUGGUUCUCGGUGGCGUUGCUCAGGUCUGCGCAUGGCGGGCUACGGUGGGGUGACCCUGUUGGAUGCGUCCGUGGUGCGCGGGUACAAGCCUAGUGAAGGAGUGUAUGAAGACAACAAUGCUAUCUUCUUGAAAGAUGGUGAAGAGUCAAAGCCACAGUUUCUCUGUAGGAAAAAGCCUGUGGUACUGGACCUCAGCAUAAGGCAAGAAAUGGAGAGGCAGAGAAUAGCCGAGGAAAGAAGAUCCCAAGCCAUAAAUAUGUAUUCAAAGCUUCGCAAUACUCGUCCCACUAUGUUUCGCACAGCUCAAUCAGUGGGCAUUUCUAGGUUUGAAGACUUCGACUUUUUGGCAAAAUACUGCAUCUUCAGCCAGCAGAAGUUGGCCGAGUAUAAAAGGGCUUUUGAAGCGGUGGAUACUGAUGAAGAUGGAUACUUAGACUGCCUCCAGGUACUUAUGGCUUUAAAAGAAAUUGUUCCAGCAAACGCAUUAAGUGAUGCUGAAGAGCUCUAUGUGUAUCGGAUUCUGGAGAUUGUGGACUAUUAUGUAACAGAUGGCCUAACAGACCUACGACUCUUUGCUGUGAUGGCUAGCUUGGCGCAGAAAAUAGCAGCACUAGACUCUUUCAUGAGAACAUUAAUUGACCAUAUGGAUUUCAAAGCUUUGGAGUUAAAAAUGUGUAAGGCCAAGCAACUUUUUCUGUGCAAUAUUGAUGCUGAAAGUAAAAGCAUCAGCGUGGAGCAACUCUUGGUUGAGUUAAAGGCUGGAGGAAUAAGCAGAGAACAUGAAGAAGCUGCACAACUGCAGUUAAGUCACAUUAAGAAGCUGGAUAUCCUUGAUUUCCUCACAUAUUUGCCACUUUUUGUCCUUAUUCAUAACUCUGUUAUAUCCAAUCCCUUAGAUGACUCCAGAAAAAUAUGAACAAAUUUGAAAAAUAUGUUUAUACUUUGGUAUUACC